UCUUGCCCUGGGGAAGGCAAUGCAAGUUGGCCCUUCCAGCUGGCGCCCAACGUGGGGCUGGACUUGAUUUCUGCAAACGGGGGCCGCAAGAAAAAUGGCGGGUAAGCUUGCAACGCUGGCUUUGGUAUACUCACUUUGCGCGGGGGCACUGGGAACACAAUUAGCAUUGCUUAAAACCCCACCCAUUGUUAGACUUCUUACCAAUAAUACAGAACCCCCUAUAGUGUUCUGUGAGUCUGAGCAGGGGCACUUGGGAUGUGCUCCAGCUCUAUUUUCGUAUGUUAAUGCUUCUAUCAAUAUUUCUCACCCUUAGAGGAAGAGGUUGAUCCAUGGGAUAGCUCUUUGGGAUUGUUCACAGACUGGGUAUCCGGAGCCCAUAUGCAGUGGCUGACUCAAAGAGCCCAGGAAUGGAGGGGAUAUUGCCAACCAAUGAACUGUACGCAGGCUAAUAACUUUACUAGAAAUUGUACCAGGCCUUAUGUGGAUUAUGAAAGUAGACCUGAAAACAUUCAGGAGACAAUUUCACAUAUGCAGUUAAAUUGUACUAAUUCAACCUGUGUGUGGAAAGAGUGUAAACAAAGAUUGUUCUUCCGGGGUAACCCACCUCUUGAUGCCCAAACCUUUAGACUUUGUGUUAGACCACCUUUUGCUUUAAGAAGAUGUCCACCAACCAAUAGGACGGACUGGAGGCAACCUUAUAAGUGCUCUGAGCAAUGCCUAACUUCCUGUACAGAGGCAGUAAAUAUAACUGUCGAAACUUUGUGGCAAUCACAGGGAGUGUUAAACCCAAAUCAAACAGGGGUGAGCUGUUACCAAGAGGGAAUGAGGGUAACAGUCCAAACUGAGCACGACCCCAUUGGGAUAAAGGUCUUGCAGACUGUGAAAAUACCAAAAAUGACCUGUAAUCUUACAGGAGCUCAAAAUAACAGUGGUCAAAAGGGCAUAGUUGACCCCUGUUAUUUCCUUUGCUAUAAUGCCACAAAGAAAGGAAGAGGAGGCAACGGCAAUCCCAUAGUGCUUAUCUCUUGUAAGUACAAUGGGACGUCUGGGACGUUAACCAAUUGUGAAAGAGUUUUUAAAGUGUCAAUGCCAGGGCCACAAGAUCCCCUAUAUUAUCCAACCUAUCCUGGGGAAAAGUGGUUACUGCAUCUCCCAAUGGAGGAAACAGGGGAUCCAGUACAGUGUAAUGCCUCUUUCCAGUGGCUAUCAAGGAGUGUGGCGUUACACGACACUGGGGUACUGAAGCCCAAUAUCUAUAGCUCCUUUGGGGCAGAGGAAGCAUGGAGAGAUAUGGUAGAAAACUACAUAGUGUAUCGUUUCCAGGAAUGGACAGUGGUACCUGUUCAGGAGGGAGAAAUAAUAUUAUCUCGACCAAGGAGGGAACCAGUGACAAUAAUCAUGGCUCUGAUAUCGCUGUUCACUCAGGUUAGAACAGCUAUAAAUGUGGCCGCAAUGCACUGGGCGGGAACUGUGGUGACCGCAGUUGGGGUACUUGUGGACAACGAGGGGCUCCUAUGGGAGUCACAGAGGCGCUUAGGCAACUUAGUGGAUCACCUAGCGUUCCAGGUACAGGUGUUACAAGCGAGAUUGCAGGCUAUGGAGUAUGUGUUGCAGGUUCAAGAAUCUUGGUCUGAAUUAGGCUGUGUUCCUUCACUGUGCCUUACGGACAUCCCUUGGAACGAUACAUGGGGAGUUCCCAAUAUAACCCAGACUUGGAAGGAGUGGGAUGAUCAAUUUUGGAAGAAUUAUGGUGAGGCUAGAGAGCUAUGGCAUAGACAGUUUUUAGAGGGACGAGGUAAAUUGGCAAAAAUCCGCAAAGAUUUAGCUCAAACUGCUCUAGCACAAAAAGUCAAGGAUGCUCUCAAUUCAAUUCCUAAAUGGUUGUGGACUGGCUUAGCAGUAAUAAUUGUACUCAUUAUCAUAAUUCAAGUUGCUUGCAUGGGACUUAAAAUGCUUACUAAGGCGAUUGUAAGCUGGGCAGGCUUUCUUGCAUUGCAGCCAGAGGCGCCUCGCGACGUAGAGCCCGACGCCGCCAUUUACAAAAACAACGGCUACGCAAAUGGAUGGCGCGACUACUGGCAACUCUGGAGCGGUGGGACCCUUUUCCAGAUGACUCGCCGGCCUUAAAAGAAAAAGAAA